CGAUCUGUUUUUUUAUUUUAUAUUGGCUAGGAUAAACAUCUGUAAUUUAAUAAUGUACAUUCAAAUUAAGAAAUCAAUCAUGAUUCUGAGAGCACUACUAAUAGUAAAUAUAAUAGUAAUAAUAGGUAUAUGUAGAAUAUUUGACUGAGCCAAUUGUUACUUCCUAGUUUAAAAAGUUUAUAGGCAAGAUAGUUAAAAACAUGUAAAUAAAUAAAUAAAUUUUAUUUAUUUCAGACAAAACUUUGGAUUUUUCCCGAAGGGGCAAGGUUUAAUAAUGGUAGAAUUCAACCUUUUAAAAAAGGAGCGUUUUAUCUAGCAAUAGACGCCCAAAUACCAAUAAUGCCCGUAGUAUUUAGCCAGUAUUAUUUUCUUGACAGUGAAACUAAAACUUUCGAACCAGGAAAAGUAAUUAUCACUACUUUACCUCCUAUACCCACGAAAGGUAUGACUCGUAAUGACUUAGACGAUCUUUCGGAAAUGGCUCGCCACCAAAUGAUAGAAGUAUUUCAUGACAGCUCCAGAGAUUUAGUGGUACAAAACAAAAUAGUUAUUUAAAACUUUAACAUUAUGUAACUCUUAAUAAAGUUAUUUAAUCUAAUGCUAUAUGGAUCUUUGAUCUUCCUUCGAUACUGACUCACCGACAG